AUGCUUUUAAUAGCGGCUGGGACGCGAGAGGAGGGGGAGAAGGGCGUGGCCGUUGGGCUCGCGCCGGUGGCGAAUGAAAGCGCUGCGGUGUGGCUGAGGAUGGGAGGGGGCGUGGCUCGGUCGGCGAAGAAGGCAGAACGGCGGGCCGGUGGAAGAGAGAGGAGGGGGAGGCGCCUGCGUACUCGGACUGGGCGCGGCGAGCUCUUUGCCAGGGAGCGCCGCCGUCAUUACAGCAGUAGCGUGAGGGAGGGGGAGAGAGACGCGAGGAAAAGGAAGCCCCCCCAAAAGCCGCCCCCUCUCCCCGCAGCCGCCCCGAAAGCCAAGAAGAUGGUGGACCGUGAGCAGCUGCUGCAGAAAGCCCGGCUGGCUGAGCAAGCCGACAGAUACGAUGACAUGGUGGCCACCAUGAAGAACGUGACAGAGCUGAAUGAGCCACUGUCCAAUGAAGAGAGGAACCUGUUGUCGGUAGCCUACAAGAAUGUAGUUGGGGCAAGGCGUUCUUCUUGGCGAGUAAUUAGCAGCAUUGAGCAGAAGACUUCUGCUGAUGGCAACGAGAAAAAGAUAGAGAUGGUCCGUGCUUACCGUGAGAAGAUCGAGAAGGAGUUGGAAGCUGUGUGCCAGGAUGUGCUGAGCCUCCUAGACAACUACCUGAUCAAGAACUGCAGCGAGACCCAGUAUGAGAGCAAAGUCUUCUACUUGAAGAUGAAAGGGGACUAUUACCGCUACCUGGCUGAAGUUGCCACUGGGGAGAAAAGGGCGACUGUUGUGGAAUCCUCUGAGAAGGCAUAUAGUGAAGCUCAUGAGAUAAGCAAGGAACACAUGCAGCCAACUCACCCCAUCCGGCUUGGCUUGGCGCUUAACUACUCAGUUUUCUACUAUGAGAUCCAGAAUGCCCCCGAGCAGGCAUGCCACCUGGCCAAGACGGCGUUUGAUGAUGCCAUUGCUGAGCUAGACACCCUCAACGAGGACUCCUACAAAGACUCUACGCUCAUCAUGCAGCUCCUCCGUGAUAACCUAACGCUCUGGACAAGCGACCAGCAAGACGACGAUGGUGGUGAAGGCAACAACUAGACCCCUCUGAUGGACUGGCAGCUGCACGCCGAUGCUACUACUGCAGUCUUUAUUUUUUUUCCCACAAGUGGGGGG